AUGGCGGCCAAACGAGUUUUCGACGUGAAUGAAGCUUCGGUAAGUGUUAUGUGUUUCACAUUUCACCUGAACUAUUUAUUUUUCAGUGAUGCAAUCUGAUAGAAAUAGCUUUCUCUCAGAUUGUAGACUUAAAGGCUGAACUCGCCCGGAAAGAGUCGCAGUUCAAGCGAGAGAAACUUGGAGGCGAAAAGAUAUUAAAUCGACAACCUAAGGUAGGUUCAAACGUCUGCAUUGUGGUCCUUCCUAGCUUAAAUUUAGGUAAAAUUUCCGCAGAGCCCCAUACUAUUGUAAAAAAAAUCUGUUUUCCCAAUGGCAAUGUAUUGUUUUUGUCAUUGUUUUCUCUAUUCAAGAACUGAGUGAAUAAUGUAAGAUGGGGCUGUGCGGAAAUUUUACCUAAAUUUAUAAGAUAGAAGCAACAAAUUGGUACAAAUAAAUUGAGGCUGUGUGUAUGCGUAGAAAAAUAAAUUAAUUACAUGUACUGCAUAGUGCUAGAACAAUUGCAUUGUACAAUAAUUGGCCAUAUUAAUUAAACGCUGGAUAAAGUCAUGCAAAUUGCAAUUUAAUCAAUUAUAUCUCCUACCGAAAUUAAAAGGCUCGUUGGAUACCAGAAUACUAAAUUAAGUACAUGUGCUGCAUAGUGUUGGCACAAUUACAUUGUAUAAUCAAUGACCGAUGUUAAUCAAACUUUGCAUAAAGUAGUGAUCCUUUUAUCAUACAAGUUGUGAUUUAAUCAAUAAGGUUUCUUUCCUUCUGAGAUUAAAAGACAAGUUGAAUAUCACCCAAAGUUAUACUAAGGAGAGGAGAGAGCUGAAACAAAUAAAUUAGACAGAAAAAAAAAGGCAACCAAGAAUUCUACAACUUACAGUUUUCCAUGAACUUGUUUGAAACCAAUGAUUUUCAGCAAUCCUGGUAACUUAAUGUGAAAAAUGAAUAUUUCUUCUUUCUAAUUCUGUUGAAAAAUUGAAUAUAUUUCUAGAAACCUCCAGUGUGGGCUAAAGUUAAAAAGGAGACAAAAGUUACAAACUCAGGGAGUGUACCUUCCAAACAAGAUGAAUUGUCAUUAGAGGAACAACAAGCUCUGCAAAAAUCAAGGUACCACCAUGAAACUGAUAUCAUUGUUAUUAUGUUUAUUCCCAUUCAGUUAUCAGCAAUUGUCAAGGGAAUUUCAGAAAUGUAGUACUGAGUGCUUAUAAAUUUUGUUGCAUUGGCUAACUUCAGAUUAAAUGUAACUAUGAACAUAAAAAUCAGAGAUACAGUACUGUAGAAGGUUUUUUGAAGGUGAGAGACUAUCAAGCUUCUGCCAAAGAUAUAGGACAAGUUUAAUUGAUCUGAGCAUUUCUGGACUGUCUUCAUUUCGCAAUGGACUGAUUUUAGAGAACACAGAUUGACACACUCAGCUAAAAUAAAGCAUAUGACAUUUGUUGAGCACUGGCUGACUUACAGUGUAUCUGUUAAGAAAUUAGGAAAAUGUCUCUUCAACAGUUUAGUACUAGAAUGCAAGACAUUGCCUUAAUUUAAACUAAAACAACUUACUGUGUCUUAAGAUGUAACUAAUGUCAUUUUUUUUUUUUUUUUUGAAUUUAAAAAUGGAUUCCUGUGCUCUUUUUUGAAUUUUAUAUUGUAAAAUUUGGCUGUUGUUUUGUUUUUUUUUGUUUGACUUUGAUUGUACAAACCUGAAAUGGUUCUAUAUUAAUGAAACACAAUUGAAAAAAAAAAUUAAUUGAAUGAUAUUAUGGGAGGUUAAUGAUAGAAUGUUGCUCCUUUUUGCAUUUGUUUUAGGCAAGCUUUGGAAGCCAAAGCAGCAUUGUAUGAGAAGAUGGAAAGAGGUGAAAUUGAAGGUGAGACACUGUAUGUUACUGCAUGUGAACAAGAUAUGUUGAAGUGUUUUGUUAUAUUUCUGUUUCAUUUAUUUUAUCCUUAUUUCAUAUUUUUUUUACCUUCUUUUGUUGAAGAUGAAGGUGAUGAUGAAGAAGGAGGGAGAUUUUUGGUGGACUUCCACAAGAAAAUUUAUUCAAAGGUAUGGCAGGAAAUCAAUGUCAUAUUUUUUUCAUUGCAGAAGCUUUACAAGCUUUUGCCCUAGUAAUGACACAUACAUCGGUAAUCAUCUUCCAUGUCAGAUCUUGGUUUUAAUACAUUUGGUAAGAUUUGUGGUACCCUUAAAAAGUCCUUUGUAGGUUAUCCUAUGUUGUGUGGCAUUCCAAUGUUUAAUUAAAAGGUUGAAAAAGUAAUUUUGUACUUUCACUCAGACUUCAUGUGAUGUAAGAGUUUAUUUUCAAACUGGUUGUGCAUUUUCCCCUAAAGGAUGAAGAGCAUCUCCAGGAUUCAGAUGAACUGAAAGAUGAAGACAUACCACCCCCCUCAGGACCUGAAGAGGAAUGGUUGGUCAUAAUUUGCCCUCACUUUUAAUGUUGCUCUGAAAUCCUGAGCAUUUAGUUAUGAAAGAACUUUGGACUGAGAAAGCCACCUUUCGCAUAUAAAGCCAAUUGAUUUAUUUUUCAUCACUGCUAAUAUUUAUGCACUGUUAAUCUUGAUAGUGAACCACAAUUGAAACGGUAUUAAGCAGCACAGUAUUAAGCAGUCACAUUUUACAAGGGGUCAGUUGUCUAUCUCAAAAAAGUUUCCCCUUAAUUAAUGUAAUAUUUGUACCUAUCUUAAGUGAUUGUGGUAAAACUGGUCUGAGUCUUAAAGGCCAACUUGUAUUUUCUUUUUCUUUAUUUAACGGUCACUUAAUGUGGGACCACUCAAAUGAGUGAUUCCCUUUACAUUGUACAAAAUUUUUGCACACGUAGAUGAUACAUUUAUUGGUUUUCAGGGUUGAUUAUGUAGAUUCACUGGGUAGGGAAAGGAGAUGUCUGCGUAAAGAUCUGAAACAUCUUCAAGAGAUGGAUAAAGAAAUGAAUGCUCCAAAGGGGUGAGUAUAAGAGUUUCAGUCCUAAGAAUAUUGUAUUGCUAUUUCUCUUAACAGUUUUCUCUGUUAAAUUACCAUGUAAUUUGCGUUCCUGCCAAACCCUCUCGUACACGCCACACGCAUAUUUCCUGCCAAAGCACUGCUAUAUAGUGCUUGCCUCCCGCUGAAACCCUUGCUUGGCUCUCACGCCAUAUUCUAGGUCUACCGUUCCUACCAAACCCCUCUUAUAAUGGGUUUUCCGCCAAAAAAUCGUAUUGCGCACCCCGUGUUUGCAGUUCCCGCCAAAAUGCGACCAAUCUUACGACGUUGCAUUACUGCUCAGCAAUUUUUCAACUCGCCGCAAAAAACGUGGUACCUACCCUUAUUGUACCAAGAUUUCUUUGUGUUUCUAGUCCCCCGACACUUUUAUCUGAAGACAUGCGGAGAGAGCUCGCGAGGCAAGAAUGGGAGAAAGAAGAGGAAGAAGCUAUGAAUAAACCCAUUGGACCUGUUCAUUAUCAAGAUAUACGCUUUGAUGGUAAAUUUGAUAUUCAUUGGUGACCGUUGUCUGGAAGGUUUCAAUUCCAAUCCAUAUGGGGAGCUCGGAUCAUUUCGUUACAGUCCCUUAAUUAUCAAUUUCUGAAAUCUAGAACAUAUUCGCCUUCCAGUAACAAACAAAAGGAGAAAGCUUUCGCUUGUAAAAGGUGUGCAAUGCGGCUUAUGAUCAAACCUGCAGUCUUAUUUCGUCCCAAUCUCCAGCUCGUCUCUAUACAGCAGGGAUUUAUCUGUAGCCCGAAAACAACACUUGUCAAACUUUAAUAUCUACAAAGUUUUCUGCAACAUAUAUCAGUUUCUAGCAUAAUAAAACAUUACUUGGACUGAGCAUCCUGUGUUGCACGGUGUAAAAAUUUUUUGGAACUUGAUGCCCUCGCAACCAUCCAGUCUGUGACAAAGACAGACAAAAUAUCUCUGUUUAAUAUUAAAAUCCUCCCGUUCCCUUUUCUAUUGUAGAAAUCCGCAAUCAUGGUGUGGGAUAUUAUCAGUUUUCAACAAACGAAGAAGAAAGACAAGAGCAGAUGAAAACGUUAGAUAAACUGAGGGAUCAGGUAUGGAAACAAACAAUUUUAAACGAAGAGAAAAGAAAUUAGUCCUAGAUUAAAUAAUUUUCUCUUGAUUCAUUGUAAUGUUUAUUUUUUUGUCUUAUCAGACAAUGGAGCAGCGAGUUCGUACUCAGAAAUUAAAAGACAAACGAAAAGCUGCAAUGGACGCUCGUCUUGCUAAAGUAAGAGAAAGAAAACUGAAAAAACUGAAAGCUUCCGGCGAACUAAGCGAGGAAUCAGUAGAGACGAAUGGACAAUUGCAACGGAAUGAGAAAGAACAGAAAGACUCAGAGGAUACGAGAGAAACAACAACAUCAGAACAAAAUGUUGAGGAGGGAUCACUUGAGAAGGAAGAGGAACAUGUUGAUAUGCCUCGAAGGCCUUUGAAAAAAGAGGAUUUACCCGAAUGGGCACGACACAAAAUUAGUAAGCUUACUGACAUGUAUUAUUUCCCUAGUUGAUUUUACUACCAAUUUCUGCGUGCAAUGUCAUACUUACGGCUUAUUUUCGUCAGCUCUUUGCUCUCUUUUCACUCUUCUCCUCUGUUUCCACUCGACCAUCCUUCAGACUCCUUUCAAUACCCUUGCUAGUGGCAGAAAAAUCUGACAGAACUCGCUCUUUGUUGUAUAGUCCUGUUCUCAGUUUUCUGUCUCCACUUGCCUCUCCCAAGUCUAUCCUCCACCUUCUAACCUUCAUAACCCAUGCGGAUCAAUGGCAGUAUCUUAGCAACUGCGCACCUACCCCUCCCCUAACCCGACGAGGGAGGGGGUAGGUGCGCAGUUUCUCAGUCGCCGAUAUUGAUUCACACAUGCUAGUUACAUUAUUCCUUCUCCUUUCAACAGAGCAAUGGGACCAACCUCGAUCGUCACCACGUACAGACCCGCGAUUAGAAAGAGACCAGGAAUUUGCACCACCUUCCUUUUACUACGAAGAAACUAACACCACCCAGAGCAGUAAAAACACUCGGAAAGAAUCGAAGAAACUAAUUAAUCAGCAGAAAGAAAUCAAGAAUGAAAGAUAUCGGGAGAAUGAGACUGGUGAGAUCUCUCAUUAUGAAGAACAAAAAGAAUUCAAACCACUAGAACAGCAACAACAAUUACAGCGACCAAUUCAAACUCAACCGGUUGCUUCAUAUACCCCUGAUAUUCCCCGUCUUCCCCCUCCCCCACAAGAAUUUGUUCAUCCGCCGUGGUCUGGGUAUCAGUGGCGUCCCCCUCCUAACAUCCCACCACCGCCACUGCCACUGGUAAAUCAGAUACCAUGGCAACCAAAUUUUCCUUAUAACGUUCCACCGCCUCCAAUUCCUUGGCAACCCAAUGUUACUCCAUGGCAACCCUAUCAGGCGCCGUCCACAUUGGAAGCUAGCCCCGUCUCCAGCACGCACGUGACUCAGGGUUCAAAUCCAUCGAAUCCUUCAAGGGCUAAUGUGUCCCUGUCUGCGAAAGACACAUCGGACGAGAAAACAACGAUGCCGGCGGAGAAUACUGAGACUAUGAAUGAUCCUAAUCAGGUCCAGCGUAGAGACAGGACAAUUCCGUCAACAGAGGAACUUGCUGGCUUUGUAGCUCGCUGUCGAUCAAGUACUUGA